GCUUCCGGUGUAACCCGGAUGUAGCUGAGGCCAAGCGAAGGAAGCUCGCUGUGUGCGGAUCAGGACUAGCCCUCCGCUCCGCUGCCAAUAAUGCCUCUUUGUGGUUUUUGCGCGUUGAUUCCGGACGUGCUCGCGUUCACGUAACUCCCAGCCGUCGCCCCGCAUCUCCACGCAAAGCCAAAGCGCAUCUCCGGAACAUGUGUUGCCCUCCUGCCUUACUCAUUUGGCAGUCAUGAUGGACACCCAAAAAGCCUUAACGCUUCCAUUUACGGUCAACAGGAAUAAGCUGGUGGCGUAUGUACGGUAAAGAAGCCACGUGAUAUCUUAGUAUCAUCUCUGAGAGGAAAAUGCGUGUCUAUUUGAGGUGCAGCAAAUGGAGAAGAUGGAUAACCAACUCAGAAUCCCCAUGAUAUGUCACUCAUCAGAGUUUGGAAAGCUAGAAAGACAGGUGUCCUGGGCAGCAAUUCCCGGUUGCAAACUCCAAAAAUCGGAUUUAAAGUUGAAGGGGCAAUCCGAGCCGUUUGAUCGCAAUCAUGCCACCCUGGCUAAAUGGGGGAUGUCCCGGAGGAGGCUUUGCCUUGUGCUGACAGACGUAUUGAAGACCGACGUCGGCAAAUCUUUCCUGGACAAGCGACAGGCUCGCGCCUGCGGGAAAAAAGUGCCAACAACGAGCGAGAGGAGCCUCUGCAAGAAGGAAGCAGUCAGCUGCCGAGGCCAGAAGCCCCCCAAGAACGAGACCGCGGUGCUGAAAAGUGUUAAGAGGAGCACGCCCUCAUCCCUACAAAGAUUGAGCCUCAGGAAGAGGUUACAUUAUGUCGACGAUGGAGAGGAAAGAAAAGAUCUGCAGCCACCACAUGAGGAGGACUACAGAGUCGUAGACUGCGGCUUGUCAGUGAGCUGGAAGCCGGCGGAGGAUGCCGGAGACGCUGAUGAGUUUUCCCCGACGCGCAUGAAGGACGUCGGGACACAAGAGAAACAUUGUCUGAAGAAGAGAAAAAAAUUGGGCAGAAGGAGCAGGUGCAACGGAACAAGCGGGCCAAAACGCCAGCGAGAAAGCGUGCUUCGCCUCACGGGGGAAAGCAAAAGAGACGGAGGACUGGCGCCGCCUAGUCUGGUCGAACCCGGAGAAGACUGCGAUGCCGACGACACGGACGGCGAACUGGUCCAGUUCGGGAGAGCAGCUCGUCUAGUCCCGGUCGCCAAUAGCAAUUAUUCGGAGGCGGCGGACGUCGCCGGAAGUCCCGGUCGCAUCCGCUCGCCCGCGCAGGAGGACGCAUCCCAGGCCGUUCCGGGAGAGCCGAUUGUGUUAUCCAGUGAUGAAGAGGAGGGGGGUGACUUCAUCCAACGUCGUGUUUGCACGGUGUUCCCGAUGGGAGAUGCCGGCGCCGGGCACCGCGGGCCGCAGGACACGCAGGAAAUUGCGCCGAAAGAACUUGGCAGCCCUGACCUGAAGAAUGUUGAGGUGUUGCACGUGGUUGUCGGCGAGCGGGGGUCAACCUCUUCCGUCCCGAAAAUCGACUGCUCCGUCCUGGGUGUGGCCUUCACCUCCUUCUUCUGUGGAGGCUACCAAGGGGACGCAAAUGGAAACCUUGUGAUCGUGAACCAAAAAAUCAUCAUACCACUGAAAGACUCAGACCAGGAGUCGGAUGUGACGUUGACCUUGGAGCGUACGGAGCUGAGGAGGUACAGCAUUUGGGAACCGGAAGACCUGGAGUCCAGGGGGCUCUGCUGGGCGUCCGACGUGGAACCUUGCACCGUCCUUUUGUUUUGCGUGACCCAAAGAGCCGCGGUGGCCAUCCACAGGGAUCUCCUCCACAUGUCCGCCCAACACGGCGCAUUGCCCGACACCGGAAAUCCCAGCCCCUUCCUCACGCUGACUCUCAAGGACCCUCUGGUGGGGACGAAGGGGGUUGUGUUGCGCUCUCUCCUGGAAAUCGAUUGUCUCAACUCUCUGACAAGCGAAAACCACGAGGACCCGCUCGAUCUGAAGGACUUCAUCAGUCCGGAUCUUUCACUGGAUGAAAGUCUGGAGCUGAUCAGAUCGACCGACCGAGACCCUUUCUUGCUCCAAAGGCUCGGCCUGGACGCCGACGAGCCGGACCGAUGGAGUUCCACCUCCGAUUCCGACGUGGAUGCGCUGAACGCAGGGGCGGAGCGUGCGUUGCUGCUAGACAUGUGCGAGCUGGAGUCCCUCUUCGACCUUGACCAGGGAACGACGACCGAACAGGAACAGGAACAAGAGGAAGUUGCUGAGGACGCUGGAAUGCAACACAGUCCGGGGGAGGAGCCAAGUAAUCAAGAGGAGGACGAACACGCAGACACGCCUCUGUACACGCUUUGUCGGCGAAGAACGGCAGGGAAGUACACGGUGACCAUGUGUCAACCAGACUCCAAUUGGGUCAAAUACAAACAUCAAGGCCUGGCCCACCGGUUGAUCCAGUUUCCUCCCCCGCCACUCAAAGGUGGAAUCACGGUGACAAUGGAAGACCUGCAGUGUCUGGACAGCGGCCAGUACCUCAAUGACGUCAUCAUCGACUUUUACCUCAAAUACCUCCUCCACAACUCGCCGCGGGCCGUCGUCGAGCGCUCGCACAUCUUCAGCAGCUUCUUCUACAAGCAGCUCACUCGCAGAGACAACGCCAGCGAAGGCAACGCCACAGAAUCCUGUCAGAGGCAGAAGCGGCACCAGCGAGUGAAGACGUGGACGCGGCACGUGGACAUCUUCAAAAAGGACUUCCUGUUUGUUCCGGUCAAUCAGGAGGCUCACUGGUAUCUGGUGGUCAUCUGCUUUCCCGGACUGGAGGAGUCCACGUCGGAGCCCCGGACAGAAGGUCACCACAACGGGACGGACGAGCCGCCCGAGCAAGAGCAACCCGGAAGCUCCGGCGAAGCCGCGGCGCCGCCCAAGUUGAACCGCAGCGACAGCGCGGACGCGUCUUCGGGAAAAGAGCCAACUAAAGCCUCUCAUACUCAAGUGUACUGCACAGAGAAAACCUGCCAUCGAAACGUCGUGUCAAAGAGGCCUUGCAUUCUCGUCAUGGACUCGCUGAAACUGUCUCUCCACGAGCGGAUCUUUAAAGUGUUACGAGAGUACCUCCAGUCGGAGUGGGAAGCGCGUCGCGGAUCGUGGCGCGACUUUGGUCCCGACCAGAUGAAAAGUUCCCACUGUCAGGUUCCUCUGCAGGACAACAGCAGCGACUGCGGUCUCUACCUCCUGCAGUAUGUGGAGAGCUUCCUCAAGGACCCCGUGGUGCACUUCGAUCUGCCGCUGCACUUGCAACGCUGGUUCCCGCGGCGGCAAGUGCGCCGGAAGCGAGAGGAAAUCCGCGAUCUGGUGCUGCAGCUCUACCGACAGCAGAAGAUGAGCAAAAAGUGAAUCGGCACCGCUCAUACUGAGCGACACACAUUUCUGCCCGAACUCAAAUCACGGUCGGUCAGAGUGGACGACGCGGGCCACGGCCAGCUACUUUUAAAAACUGAAAUGUACAUUUUUUUUUUUUGGUUUCGUUCUCCUUCCUCCAUCCGAGUUAUUUUUUAAAAGACUGUUAUUAUAUUAUUUGCAGGUUAUUUUUGAUAAUUAUGAUGCCCUUUAUUUAAUUUCUACACAAACCUGUCAAACAAAAAACUGUGCCCAGAAGUGGAAUCAAUUUCCAAAUGUAGUUUGUGUAUUAUAAAUCGUUCUGAUUGGAAUUCAAUCGGGCUGCGGAUAUUUUCAUUGAUUCGGACAGCACACUUGGCUUACAAGGCUCGAGUUGAUUAGUGAAGCCACACUGAACAACAACAAAAAAAAAACCAAAGUACAGUGAGGGUUUUGCGUAGCUGGCAAAUGUGCAAAACGGGACAAAAUACGGCUCGAAAAUCUACCAAAGAUGAUUUCUUUUAUUAUUAUUUUUUUUUGAUGGCACGCUACGUUGUGGCAAAAGGAAAAGAAGGCGUCGUUUGCGUUUGCAUACAUAAACAUGGAAACAAACAAUGUCAGAAAUGGCGACUUUUAAAGCCUGUUGGGGUGCAAAGCGCCGUGACGUCGGGACGUCGUCGGCGCUUUUUUCUGGUCCGCCUAUUUGUGGGCAGCGUCCCAUUUUUGGGACAUCAUGAUUUUCACGCAUUAUAUCCUUCAGUAUAUCAAAAUAUUUAAGUGUUUUAUUCUGAUUCUUGUUUUUAGGACCAUCUACUAAGAAAACCCAAGUACCCUCUCGCGGGCGGCGUCCCAUUUUUGUGAUGAGAUUAUAAAUUAGUUAUCAUAAUUUAACCACAAAUGAAAAAGAGAUGUUAUUGCCUUAAUUGUGGCCUGUUAGGAGACUUUUAUCUCAAUAAGGCAAAAAAAAAUU